AUGGCCGCUACCGUGAAUACCCUCCUCGUUGAGGGCUCUUUCGAUGACCAGGUUAUUGAAUUAGCCGAUUACUUCGAUACUUUGAAGGGUGUGAAGGAAGGCGAAGCUACUCUGUCACAGGAACUGCAACCAAUGCUUGAGAAGGGCGAGAAGGAAGACGUUAUGGAGAAGCUUGUCGAAGCUAGCUCCGUUUUAUCACAAGCUCCAGAGAAGGAGUACAUCCCAGCAUACAACCUCCUCGUCCACCUAAUACGGACCUCUCCACUCCUGCCUUCCCUCCUCGACACCGUCACUGCCAACCUUGCUAUUCCUCUUAAGAACUCCCAGAAUGGCGCCACUCUCUCCCUCACCAUUCUCACUACAAUCUUCAACAUUCUGUCUCCAGAAUCAUCGUUACGAUCUGAAGUCUUCCGAAGCAUCGUUGACAUUGUCGACAAGAAUGGAUUAUAUGAUGCCCUGAAACCUCAGCUCAAGAGCUUGGACCGAUGGCUACAGGAGUGGGAUGCUGGUGUCGAGGAUACCAGGGAAAUUCUGGUUAACAUAGCUAACGUCGCUGAGAGAGCUGGUGAUAACCAAUUCUACGAGUUCCUCCUCCAAGCUCUCCAAAGGUUCCCAGCAGACGAGGCAGACGAGGAUGAAGCCCGAGAGAUCGCUAUCAGGGCCAUCAAGGCCGCCAUCACCCUCCCACACCACAUGGAGUUCAGCGAUCUCGCAGUAUUGGAGCCCGUUAAGGCCCUUUCGGCCACUGAUCCCGAUCUUUACGCUUUCUUCGAGAUUUUUGCCGCUGGUGAAUUCCAAGAUCUUGAGGAGUUUAAGGAAGAACGUGAAGGAUGGCUCGAGGAGAAUGGUAUUGAUGAUGCUGUCGCCACCCGCAAAAUGCGCCUCCUUACUCUAACCGCCCUCGCUGCCUCGGCUCAAGACCGCUCUCUCCCAUACUCUCGAAUUGUCGCUGGCCUCCAUAUCCCUGCCGAAGACGUCGAACUCUGGGUUAUUGACGUCAUCCGCGCCGGUCUCGUGGAAGGAAAGCUCUCACAACUCACCCAAAAUUUCCUAAUCCACCGUGUUUCGUACCGCACAUUCAACAAAGAACAAUGGGAGGAAGUUCAACAGAGACUAGAAACCUGGAAGGAUAGCUUGAGAAGCAUCCUUGAAGUUGUCGGACAGGCAAGGAGACAAGUUGAGAAUCAAUCAGAGAAGGAGAAGACAGCAGCUGAGAGAGUAUUGCAGCAGAGUGGAGAUGGUGUUUUGGGCGAGGCUUAG